CUGUCCUCUCCUAAGAUGAAGACAUUCAGUGUUGCAGUUGCAGUUGCCGUCAUGCUCGCCUUCAUUUGUGUUCAGGAGAGCUCUGCUGUCCCAAUCACUGGGGUACAAGAGCCAGAGGAGCUGAUGAGCAACGACAAUCCAGCUGCUGAACAGGAAGAGAUGACAGAAGAAUGGAAGAUGCCGUUGAACUUCAGGCAGAAACGCAGCAGAGGCAUGAAAUGCACACCUUACUGCUACCCGACUCGAGACGGGGUCAUGUGUGGUGUCCGCUGUGAUUUCUGAAGAUUCCUGCGAGAAGAUGAGAUUUCCACAACAACAACUAAAUUAUGAGUGAUGCAAAUUUCUACAAAAGCAAUUUUACCACUUUCAAUUGUACUUGUGGUUGUAAAUAUCUGAGGAUGUUACUGGAUUUGGUCAUGGUGUUAUUUAAUAUUUGCUCAGUGAUGUAACUGCAUCAUUCACACACUGUACAAACAUACUAUACUACUGUGUCUU